GGAUUUUUUGACUUUUGCUUAUGGAAGAGCCAGGAUCGGGGGUUCAAAAUUUCAAAGGAGAUGAAAGUUUGCCAAACCGUCAGAACGAAAACCUGUCAUCAUGUUGUCUUUCAUCUAUUCCGUAUUUUUCUGGAUUGGCUUCCUCGCGGUUGUACCUUACCUUGCCCUGGUUGCCUACGCCGCGUAUGGUUGCCCCGAGCAAAACUUGAAAACAAAGUACAACGCCAAAUGGGCAUUGGUUACUGGAGGUUCGUCGGGUAUUGGAGCUGCCAUUGUUCGUAAAUUGGCUUCACAAGGUUUGAACGUUGUUGUUGCUGCUCUUGACGACCAAACUCUCGUCAACUUCAAGUCCGAGAUUCAGAAGGAAUUCCCUUCACGUGAAUUCCGUUUUGUUGGAUGUGAUUUGUCGACUCCCGAUGGUCAAGCUUAUAUGGAUGCCGUCAAGAAAGCUACCGCCGACAUUGAUGUGCAGAUUCUCUGCAACAACGCUGGAUUCAUUACCACUGGAUGCUUCGCUGAUAUUACCUUCGGCCGCAACAUGGCCAACUAUCACACCAAUGUCACUUCCGGCGUUAUCAUGUCCCACUAUUUCCUUAACAGAAUGCUCGAGAAGGGUCAGAGAGGUCUCAUCACCUUCACCUCUAGCAGUGCUGGUUUUAUCCCCAACCCAAUGAGCGCUUUGUAUUCUUCCACCAAGAUCUUCCUCACUACGUUUGCCGCUUCUUUGGCUGCCGAGACCGCCGAAGACAAGAUUGAUGUUCUGGUUGUGCACCCUUCACCCAUCAACUCCAACUUUUAUAGCAACGCCGGAAAGAUGUCUGCCCUUCUUUCUGCUCAAAAAAUUUCUUCUCCUCCUUCUGUGAUUGCUGAAACUAUCUGCCGCAAUGCUGGAAAGGUUGUUGUUGCUGACCAAGGUCCUAUCACCGUGAUCAUGAAGAUUGUUCUCUCUAAGGUACUUGAUUGGAACGUCUUUACUGAAAUCAUGAAGCUUGCCUUGCCUUUCACUGGAGAUUAUAAGGCCAUGAAAGUCAAGCGCAACGCCAAGUCUCAGUAAACCCAAGCUAGCUUGUAGCAACCCCACCCCUUCCAAAUACGCGUUUUUAGCGCGUAUAUCAUCAAACAAAACAAAGUUAUUGAAAUAAAAAAAAAAGUAAUAGUGACACUGUUGAUACCAUGGCGUAAAAAAUACAAAUCAUGUAUAUUGUGUUAUCAACCUAAUGGAAUUCAAUAAAUGGCCUACCAAUAGUGGCAAGAAAACAAGUCUACCAACCCUUCCAAGGUAUGCCC